AUGAAAUGUGAUGAUGAGAGAAGAAUGAAAUGUGAUGAUGAGAGAAGCGGGAGAUUCUUCUGCAGAAGUCAAGGAUUGUGGUUGAAGAAGAAAGUAGAGGGAAGAGAGAUUUUGUUGAUUUUUGGUGGAUUGAAGAAUGAAUAUGGAGAAUCAAGAUUGGGAGGAAAAAAGUGUCCCCUUACUAUGAAGGUUGAAGAAUCAAUGGUGAUGAAAGUUUUGCAGAGGAAAUCCAAUUACAGAAGAAUUGGAGAAUCCAUCUAUAAGGUAUGUAGCAUGAUGUUGAUCACGAAGUUGACAUGGAUGAUGAUAUUCGUUGCAGCAGGGCAUAACAUGACUUAUCAUAGGGUUUUUUCUCAUGAUGUACAAAUACAGGUCCACUAA